AGCUUGCUAGCUAAGUUAGCUAUUUAUCUACUGUCACUAUAUCUAGAUAGCUAGCUAGGCUAAAGUUCGUUGCCAACUAUGAUGUGCAGCGAAUGUUGUUAACGUUAACUGUCGAAAAUGUUUAGCUUUUCGUUUGACAGGACUGUCGCAUAUUUGAAGCUUUGCAUGACGCUUGCUGUCUAAGAUAAUGCUUUUUUGAUGACGAAUGUGUAGCUAGCUAGUGUAUUCGCUAGAUCGCUGUAUUUCAGAUUGCAGAUAUAACCGGUUUUUCUAGCUAGCAACAUUGGUAUUGUUAGCAAUCUCAGCUAGCUAGCUGUGCUAUUCAAUAUAAGGUGUGCAAACGUCGGGACAGGUGUGAUGUGAUCACUACGGGUUGGCGUACUUGACCAGCGAUGGCAGAAGAUAGGGAGCUGAAAACGGCGGGUGCGGCUGCCCCUCCAACGGCUCAGCGUAGCCGUCAGACGUACCGCAGCAAUGCACACUCCCAGAGAUUGCUGGGAGGACUGCUUGCGCUGAGGCAAAGUGGCAUCUUGUUUGAUGUAGUGCUUCUGGUUGAGGGCAGGCCCGUCCAAGCCCACCGCAUUCUCCUUGCGGCCUCCUGCGACUACUUCAGGGGAAUGUUUGCUGGAGGACUGAGGGAAAUGCAGCAGUCUGAGAUCCCGGUUCACGGGGUUACCUACACAGCAAUGACCAAGCUACUGGACUUCAUUUACACAGCAGAGCUGGAGUUGAACCUGGACAAUGUACAGGAGAUCCUAUGUGCUUCCACUCUGCUGCAGAUUCAGGAUGUGAUUGGCUUUUGCUGCGACUUCCUCUUCUCCUGGCUGGACGACGACAACAUCCUGGAAGUGUACAAGCUGGCCGACAUGUACGGGCUGGAGCAGCUGGGAGCCAAGGUGCACUCCUACAUCCUGAAGAACAUCGAGACGUUCUCCCGCACCCCCGUUUACCGCCAGCUCCCGCCAGAGAAGGUCUUCAGCGUCCUGUCCAGCGACGAAUUGGAGGUCAGCUCCGAGAACGAGGUGUACGAGGCGGCGCUCCACUACCAUUACAGUCCGGAGCAGGUGGAGACGGACCAGGUGUCCCUGCAGGACCCGCUGAAGAUGCUGGAGGCGGUGCGCUUCUGCCUGAUGGAGCGGGCGGUUCUGCAGCGGCUGCAUGACCGGCUGAAGCGCUGCCCGCUGCAGGACUGCGUGGCGGCGGCCCUGCGCUACCACGGGCAGGAGCUGUGGCAGCCCGUCCUGCAGAGCCCGCUCACCCAGCCCCGCUCCUGCUUCUGCUGCAUCCUGGGCUUCGGGGGCAUGUACUCGCCCGGCUCGGUCAUGCCCAGCGACGAGUUCCAGAUUUUCCACCCCUCCUGGGGCGAGUGGAGGACCCUGACCACCGCCCAGGGCCCCCGCAUGUCGAACCAGGGCAUUGCCGUGCUCAACAAUUUUGUCUACCUGAUCGGAGGGGACAAGAACACCAGCGGCUUCCGUGCUGAGACACGCUGUUGGCGGUAUGACCCUCGCCACAACAGUUGGUGCAGCAUCAAGCCCCUGCAGAAGCAGCAUGCUGACCACUGCGUGUGCGUGGUGGGAGACUUCAUCUACGCCAUCGGGGGCCGUGACUACAGCAACGAGCUGGACAGCGUGGAGCGAUACGACCCCCACACCAACACCUGGGAGUGUGUGGCUGCCCUGCGCCGGGAGGUGUAUGCCCACGCUGGUGCGGUUAUUGACGGGAAGAUCUACAUCACGUGUGGACGGAGGGGGCUCUCGUACCUGAAGGAGACCUACUGCUACGACCCCAUGGCCAACCACUGGGCCCCCUGCGCAGAGGGCCCGGUGGAGCGGGCGUGGCACGGCAUGGCGGCGGUGAACGGCCGCGCGUACGUCAUCGGUGGGAGCAACGACGAGCGGGGGUACCGCCGCGACGUCCUCAAGGUGGCGUGCUACAGCCCGGCGGUGAACCAGUGGAGCCUGCUGGGCCCGCUGCCGGCCGGGCACGGGGAGCCGGGCACGGUGGUGGUGGACAGCCGCAUCUUCAUCCUGGGGGGCCGCUCCCACAACAAGGGCAGCCGCACCAAGUACGUGCACGUGUAUGACACCAAGACGGACUGCUGGGACAACGGCACGCCCUUCGAGGACCGCAUCUCGGGCCUGGCUGCCUGCGUGCUGCUCAUGCCCCGCUCUGUCAUCCGGCAGGCUCGCAGCUGGGAGCAGCACGCCAAGGCCUCCUGGGAGAUGGUGGACAUUGACAACUCCGAGAACUCCAGCGAGGACUGACCUCUGUUCCGAGGAGACGGACACAAGCACUUUUGUUUGUUUUCCUUUUCUCUUGCAUGUAAGGCUGAUGGUAUCCUAGCUAAACUCUGCCAGGUUUUAAGUAUGGCUUCUGUGAGGAAAAAGGAACUCCCUGUCGGGAUGGUGGUCUGCCAGCGAAGCGGAAGGCUAACAUUCUUGUUUUAACAAUCUGUGAAAUUAUAUAAUUAGGCACAAUGUAGAAAUAACUUAUAUAUAUAUAUAAUCAGACAGACUGAAUACAGCAGUCCUACAGUUGUGCAAACCGUGAUUUGUUUUUAAACCAGUUGGGCUAUCUUAACAUGAAAAUAAUUGCUGGCUGAUUGAAUAUUCAUGAGAUUUUAAUUAUUUUAUUUUAUUUAAAUAAAAAAUUGCAGUCAUCCUACCAGUCAGUUUUACGUUGGGGGGAAAAAAAGUCAAUUAAUCUGUGUGAGCUGUUUUAUCAUCAGAUCAGUGUUUAUUCACUUACUGAACAGGGAUUUGUGUGGAAUGUCUGUGAUUGGAAACUAAUUGCAUGAUGUUAUGUGCUAGAAAUGAAAAUAAUGUUACCUAUUCUUGAUAUCCUCCUGUAUGUUCAUGCAAUUACCAAGCGACUCAACACCAGUUGGUGAAGUGGUGGACCAGGCAAUUAUGGGCAAUUGUUUGGUAAAUUGUAAAUGUAACAUACGCACUUUAAAUCGUUCAAAUUUUGUCUUAUUUCCAGGGUGCCUUAUUUCUUUCCUGUUCAAGUUCAUGUUUCCAAAAUCCUGGACUCCCGAUUUAGAUAACCCUUAAGAAGCCCUUAAGAAAGUGCAUUAGAUAUUUCUCAUUACUAUUAAUAUUGUAACAUUGUUGAGUUUUUUGGCACUGUAAAUUUAUACAAUAAUAUCAGACCAACACUAUGUUACUAAAAUGGUCAGGAAAUUAUCAAAGGUGACAUAAUUAGAUGGAACUGGGUCUGACUGAAGGAGUCUGAAUAGGUUUAUGGAGUAUUGUGUUUCUGAAAAUGUAUACCAUGAAAUUAGUGUAACCUUGAGUGCCUGAAUCGUAAUAAGGUGAGACGUGACACAGCUAUCUCUUUGAAUUUGUGAUGCACACGGGAGGCCUGCGUUGCACCAUGGGAAGGAGAGAGAGAGGUGUCGCAGUAGAGUAACAGACCAUGUUUAAUUUGAUCCUCCCCCUCCCCAACCACUCAUCUACUUUCCACAUGGAGCAUUAGUGCAUUUUCCUCAGGGAAACUAAAUCUGGGUCACUGUGGCCUACUUUUCCUAGGCCACCCCUCCCACCCAUGCACUUCUUAUCACUCAGCGAGUUGAACUAGAGAAGACUUCAUCUUCCAGAAUGUUUCUUGUUGCAUUGGCAACUGUUGCUUGCACAAAAUCAGGAAGUCCCUUGUAGGGUUGCUCUUUGUUGAAAAAGGCCUUAUUUUGCCACAUUUAGUUUUAUUUAUUUAUUGGCACCAAUGUGAUCUUUUACUGGAAUACCAGUCCUGUGUCAAAUUUUGAUUGCAGUGAGAAUAAAUUGUUUAUGAAUGUUGUGCCAAGAUUGGCUUUCUCUGACACACACAUUGAUGUGAAGGAAUGUUUGAUUUUACAGAAUUGUUCAAAAGAAAAGUUGUGCUGCUGCAUUUAAGGAUGAAAUGUGUCCAAGUGACACUAUUUGCCAGUAAAUUGGUAGGUUGCCCAUUGCCUGGUGUGGUGCAUAAUUCAAGCUUUCAAACACAAAAAUCACAGUGCUUUUGGUUUCGUUGAUCAACUUUCUGUCUAUAUUUGUGCAAGUUUAAAUAAAUGAUUUGUUCACUUACAAA